AUGGUGGUUCUCAUAUCGGGUCCAGCUGGUCUCGGUAAAACAACAUUGGCUGGUGUUGCGGCUCGGCAGUGUGGCUAUCGAGUGGUGGAAAUGAAUGCGAGUGACGAUCGAAAUGUGGGCGAUUUCGAGCGAAAGAUUGAAGGAGCGUUACGUUCUGUGAGAACGUUGGAUGCGAUAGACGGCGCUCCAGUGGAUUCCAUCAAAUAUCUUUGCAAAACACUAUCGGCCACAGGACGCAAAGCCAUUCGACGACCAGUCAUAUGCAUAUGCAAUAAUCUGUAUGUACCUGCAUUGCGGGAACUUCGUUCGAUAGCAUUGGUGCUGCAGAUGCCACAUGCCGAGCAACGUCGACUUGAGGAAAGACUCGAACAGGUAGAUGUGACUCGCGACUGA